AUGAUGCUGACCCUGUAUGAAAAGGACCUGUGGUGUCUUUUAGAGGGUAAUUCCCCACUGGGGCAACUUGUUCACAUGGGGAUGCUGGAUAAGGGCAAGAUGAAGCUGGAUUACACCUUGGGCCUGAAGAUUGAGUAUUUCUUGGAGAGGCAGCUGCAGAGCCAGGUCUUCAAGCUGGGCCUGGCCCAUGUGCUCAUCCACCAGUGCCAUAUCAGGGUCUGCAAGCAGGUUUUGAAGAUCCCAUCCUUCAUUUUCUGCCUGGAUUUCCAGAAGCACACUCACUACUCCCUCCAUUCUCUACAUGAUUGUGGCCAGCCCGGUCAUGUGAAGAGGAAGAAUUCCAACAAUGGCCAGGUUGGGGAUGGCACAGAUGAUGAUGAGUAA